CGGCGGCGCAGCGUGACUUUAGUAGCGGCUCAUACACACGUUAUCUUGACCCGAAAUGGUGGAGGGUCUCACCCUGUUUCUUUUGUCUGGGAUGCUAAUGUGUGGUCUGCUGCUCCACACGGUGUCCCGACAUGGAGCCAGCGUGAAUAAUCCCAGCAAGAAGCCCAAUUUUAUCAUCAUACUGGCAGAUGAUAUUGGCUGGGGUGACCUGGAUGCUAACCGGCCUGAAGAGAAGGCAAACAACACGCCUUACCUCAACCUGAUGGCUGAGCAAGGACUGAGAUUGACAGACUUCCAUUCUCCUGCCUCGACCUGCUCCCCAUCCCGCGCUGCCAUCCUGACAGGCCGCUAUGGCCUGAGAAAUGGUGUGACUCAUAACUUCGCUGUGAGCUCUGUGGCCGGUCUGCCUCUGUCUGAAGUAACCUUGCCCCACCUCCUACAGAAGGCGGGAUAUUACACGGCCAUGAUAGGGAAAUGGCACCUCGGCCACAAUGGACCAUACGGUCCGACUAAGAGAGGUUUUGACUACUACCUUGGUAUUCCCUACAGUAAUGACAUGGGCUGCACUGACAUUCCUGGAUAUAAUUUGCCACAGUGCCCUCCCUGUGACUCACCUGGACCUCAAGUGAUCAGAUUGAAGAGGAGUGUACAUGGAGGCUGUUAUUCCAAAGUGGGCCUUCCUCUGAUUGAAAACAGCACUAUAGUGGACCAGCCGCUUGACCUGUGGACGCUAACGGAGCAAUACACAUCUGCUGCGACCAGGAUUAUACACAAUGCAAGGGAGCGAGGACAGCCGUAUCUCCUCUACAUAGCGUUGGCUCACAUGCAUGUUCCCCUGGCCCCUCCGCUCCCCCCAGAUGCCUCCGCCUCCGCCCAUCGCCCAGAUGACGGCAAAGUGUACGCUGCCAGCCUGCGAGAGAUGGACGGCCUGGUGGGGGCGGUAAAGAGCGCCUCUGAUACCGCAGAUAAAGACAAUACUCUCAUCUGGUUCACUGGUGACAACGGUCCGUGGGAACAGAAGUGCCAGUAUGCAGGAAGUGUAGGACCUUUCGUGGGAAAGUGGCAGACCUGCAGAGGCGGAGGCUCAGCUAAGCGGACCACCUGGGAGGGAGGACAUAGGGUGCCAACAGUAGCUUAUUGGCCCGGGAGGAUCCCUGCAAACACCACCAACUCCGCCCUCCUCAGUGGAAUGGACAUCUUCCCAACCCUUCUGUCCCUGGCAGAGGUAACUCCGCCCUUAGACAGACGUUACGAUGGCAUUGACGCCACAAAUAUCUUCCUGCGUGGUGAACAGACUGGUCAUGAGUUUCUGUUCCACCCUAACAGCGGUGCUGCGGGAAAGUUUGGUGACCUGCAGACUGUGCGAACAGAGACACACAAGGCUUUCUACAUCACAGGUGCAGCUGAGGCAUGUGGCGGUGCAACAGGAAUGCAGCAGCUAUAUGACCCGCCGUUGAUAUUUGAUCUAGAGCGCGACGAGGCUGAGGAAACACCCCUGGAGGUCGAGACACCUGAGUACAAGGCGAUAGCGGAAAGGGUCGCCCGUGCGAGGGAGAAGUUGUUAUGGGACAUUGCCACCGACCAGUCUGUGUCCACAGCAGACUACAGCACAGACAUAUCAGCAUCGCCCUGCUGUGACCCAACACAGCCUGUGUGCCGCUGCCACACAGUGGACUAAGGGGUGGAGAAACCGCACAAACACACACAAACACACACAAACACACAAUGGGCUGAAAGAGAAGAAAACAGACGACGAAAACAGACGACGCAAACAGACGUGGAGACAAAUAUCUCCUUUAGAUGUGCUCAGCGGUUUGUUUGGAGGGUGCGUUUUUUGUCAAGAAUGCAGAAAUGUGCAAACAUACAGAGAGCAAAGAGUUGCAGGUGGCUGAACUUUGACCAGUUGGUAUUGUGAGAUCAAU